AGGUCGAAACGCUGCAAGGGCAGGGUAUUAGAAUUAGAAGACGGUUUGAAAGAGAGUCGGAAGAGUUGGCGCUUGAGAGAAGUUUGAGGAUCUUGGGGGUUGGACCAGGCCUCUCUCUCCUCGUUUCUCUCAACCAGAUAUGGCGUCGGACUCAGAGGACUUGGAAGCAGGAGAAACCAAUGUCACGGACAAAGCUGUAGGCCGUACGUUGAGCUUCUCAAAUGAUUAUAAACCUCAUCCAAGAAAACCCAAGGAGUUCGCGUCCUUGCAACACCUGUUCUUGGCUUAUCAAUCACUUGGGGUGGUGUACGGAGAUAUCGGAACUUCUCCUCUUUAUGUUUUCUCAUCUGUUUCUCUCUCGAACCCUGGAGAGAAGGACAUCUUGGGUAUCUUCAGCCUGAUUUUCUGGACCUUAACCAUGAUCGGUUUGCUCAAAUACGUGUUCAUCGUUCUCCAUGCGGACGACCAUGGAGAAGGAGGAACGUUUGCUCUGUAUUCCUUGUUGAACCAGCACAUUAACUUCAAGAACAGGAGGAUCAGUGGCCAAACCCAGAGGCUUGAUACUGAUUCCAAUUUGAAGUAUUACAGUGGAGGAUCGUUGCAGUCCAAGAUGGCCAAGAAGUUGUUGGAGAAGAGCUCCAUGGCUCAAUCCUUUCUCACAUUCAUUGUCUUGCUCGGUACCUGCAUGGUGAUCGGUGAUGGAGCGCUAACUCCCGCAAUUUCUGUGCUCUCUGCUGUGCAAGGCAUACAGUUAAGGUCUCCAAAGAUUGAUACAAAUGAUGUGGUCCUCCUCUCUGUGGUCAUCUUGGUUUUGCUCUUUUUGUUCCAAAGGUUUGGGACAAGCAAAGUUAGCAUCUCUUUCUCACCCAUCAUGCUUUUGUGGUUUGGAUCAACGGCUGCAAUUGGAGUUUACAAUAUAGUCACAUACUAUCCUAUGGUAUUCAAGGCUUUGUCUCCACACUACAUUUACUAUUUCUUUACUAGAAACCAUAAGCAUGGAUGGGAGAUGCUUGGAGGAGCUGUCUUGUGUAUAACAGGUGCUGAGGCUAUGUUUGCUGAUCUGGGUCACUUCAACAAACGAGGAAUUCAGAUUGCCUUCUCUUGCAUUGUGUAUCCUUGCCUCCUCCUAACUUACGGAGGAGAGGCAGCGUAUCUGAUAAAGAACCCACAGAACUUAAGCACCACCUUCUACAGUUCCGUGCCAAGCCCUGUGUUUUGGCCCAUGUUUGUGAUAGGGACGUUGGCGGCUAUAGUGGCGAGCCAGGCCUUGAUAUCAGCCAGCUUCUCCAUCAUAAGGCAAUCCAUGGCUCUAGGGUGCUUCCCUCGAGUUAACAUGUUCCACACUUCUUCAAAGCACGAGGGGCAGGUCUACUCCCCUGAGGUGAACUACUUCCUCAUGGUCAUCUGCAUCCUAAUCGUCGUUGGAUUCAAGGGAGGUGUCGAAAUAGGAAAUGCAUACGGGGUUGCUGUGAUUUGGGUCAUGCUCAUCACCACAUGCUUGAUGACAGUGGUGAUGUUGGUCAUAUGGGACACCAACAUCAUGCUCAUCAGCAUCUUUUUCUUUGUCUUUGUUUCCAUUGAGGGUGUCUACAUGACAUCUCUUCUCAACAAGGUGCCGCAGGGCGGUUGGGUUCCUUUUGCUGUAUCUGCAUUUUUUCUCAUAAUCAUGUUGUCAUGGACCUAUGGGAGGAGCAAAAAACAUGAAUAUGAGGUUGAGCACAAGUUGAGCUUGGUCGAUCUCCAAGAACUCGCCUCCAAUCUCAAUAGUUCUCGUGUUUCGGGUGUCUGUUUCUUUUGCACGGAUCUCAUGAAUGGUAUCCCACCCAUAAUUCGACACUACGUUCAAAAUGUAGGCUCUUUGCACCAAAUCAUGGUAUUAGUCACGGUCCGAAUUCUCCCUAUAACUACAGUCUUACCUGAGGAGCGCUUCCUUAUUGGAAAGUUAGGGCCAAAAGGGGUUUAUAGGUGCUUGGUGCAAUAUGGAUACAUGGACCAUCCUAACAUGGAGGGUGAUGAGUAUGUGGCAACCGUCCUUGAGAAGCUCAAGGACCUGGCAGAGAGCCAUGAGGAGUUACAAUUGUUAGAGUCAGGAAAAGAUAGAGCAGUGACCUUUGUGAUGGGGAGGACAAUUUUGAGGACAAGUGAGAAGACGGGUUGGUUUCAGCAGCUCGUGAUUGGUUGGUGUCAACGGCUUGUGAUUGAUGGGAUUUAUCGAUUCCUUCAGAAUAACUUCAGGUCCUCAAUCUCAACUCUGAGGAUACCGCCAUCGAAGACGCUGCAAGUUGGGAUGCAAUAUGAGAUAUGAGAAGAUGAUGCUUAGUUUCCUUGUGGAUAUUUCCUUCUACAUUGGCUUCCACUUGAAGCCUAAGCCUAUGCUCUUUUUUCAAACUUGGGUUUUUGUUGUUAUUUUUUUUUUUUUUUUCUGUUUUUGGAUCUUCCUUGCAGUAUUGCCUUCUACAUUUGCUGUCCACUUGAAGCCUAAGCCUAAAGUAUUGCUCUUUUACCGAACUUGGGUUUUUGUUAUUCUUUUUUUUUUUUCUAUUUUUGUUUCUUCCUUGUAGUAAGUUGUGGUAGAAUGGAACUGGUUAAUUGUAGUUUUUCCUUUUGGUAAUAGCAUAGCUUAUUUUUCUUC